CAAGAUUCAAUUAACGAACGACGGCAGACGCAAAUCGCCUUAUACAGUAGAUUAUAAGCUGUUGUCAGCCAUCUGUGACGGAGCUGAUAAUUUACAUCUUUUGCGCCUUCUCUUAACGGCUCUAUUCUCCACUCCGCGUUUAUACUGCCAGUUUACCAGCUCCCACGAACGACGGAUGACUCGAGCAGAAAUGAUUGUACCAAUAAUCGUUGUUUUGCCGUAUCUUCUGGGACACAGCGUUGCGAACGCGCGCGUAUUUUAUCUCGACGAAUCGACCAAGGGUGAUGUUACUGGGUACGAAAAUUUCAACGAUCUUGAACAAUCCUCCCGUGAUUUGGACCUCAGUUUUUCAACCGGAGACACGUCGAGUAACUAUAACAAUUAUCACAGAGAGGCUGGUUUUCCGAUUUUCAAACGGAUCAAUCCGGUACGCCCGUACGGAAUUCCGGAACAAAAGUACGUGAAAAUUAAGGAAGAUAUGGACCGCCCCCACGCUUAUUACAAUCUGAUCGAAGUACCCGAGGAACGACCCAGAUUCAAAGGAAUCCUCGUUGAUCCGAGAGAAAACGCGAAAUGGUCUCAGGUGUCCACCGAGGAUCGUAAAGGCGAAGUGAUACUGGAGUUGAGAAUAAUAACUAACAACGAUGCUGUGUAAUUUCCCGGUACAGGCAAAACGAUUGCCUUGUACUCACAUAUUUUACUUUAAAAAUAUCCGCCUGUCCGUUGCUCCUGAAAAGAUUUAAGCUGUUGUUUUACGUUUAUAAUAAAUCCUAAUAUGAUU